GGAGAGGGGAGCGGGGGGAGCCACCGAUCGGGCCGGCGGGGCUGUCCCUGUACCCAACCGUGCGCCCCCGUCGGGGAUCGUCCCGGUGCCUCCCGGUCGGACAGAGUUGGCUGCCCCGUCCCCGGGAGUGUUCCCGGCCAGGUGGGACCGGGCUUGGAGCCACCGGGGCUGCUGCGAGGUGUCCGGGGCAGCGGGGGGAUGGGAUGGGCUUGAAGGUCCCUCCCGUCCCAAACCAUUCUUGGAUUGAAUGACAGAUCCGAUCCUGCCCUCCCGUGGCUGGAGCCACCGCGCUGCUGCUUUUCUUUCCAGUCCUUGGCAUAGUUGGCGUGCAGUGACUCAUUGUCAGCGCUCAGUGUCCCUGGGCUCCGAACUGGCCGGGCAGGAGCCCCUGGGCACAAUCCCCCUCUCUGGACUGUUCUCGAUGUAUUCUCUACAAUCUGACACAGUGCUCCUGUUAAAUCUGCACUCAAAGAGGGUUUUUUUCACCCCCAGCGAUGCCUCAGGUUCAAGUUGCAACUUGUCCCUCUUCUAACUUUGCAGUGAUUCAAGAUAUGGAGAGUGGAAGCAACUGGAAUGGUAGGAAUGCAGAGGCGUCCCUGAGUCUCCGGGACAGAACAGAAAAAAGGAAUAUACACAAAAUGAUCCUCGGGAAAUGUCAGGGCCUGGGAUCAGGUACAACAGCGUCUGUUACUACCUCUUGAAGGGUGAGAGGACUUGGGACGAGGCUCAGAAUCGGUGCUCCAAGCUCGGGGCCUCCCUGGCCGUGCUCAGUGACAAGGAAAUGGACCACCUCCUCUCUCCCUCUCAGGACCACGUCUUCCGCCUCAAUGGCAACCUGGAUUACUGGCUCGGGCUGCGGAGACGGGGCGAGAGGUUUCAGUGGGUGGACGGCAGCAGCUACAACUCCUCGCUGGAGGUCCUUGGCAAUUCAGAGUGUGUGUACCUGGCGGACCAUAAACUCAGGAGUGAGGACUGUUCAACAGAGCGGGCGUAUCUCUGCAGCAAACCCCAACCCCACCUGUAAUGGAAGUGAGGGAGAAAGGACCUUCUCCAUCCUGAAGACUCACAGCUUUCCUUCUUCCACUAGCCCAGGGAUGUCCUUCCACAGAUGAACAUUUGCUUUGUGACACAUCUCAGCACAACCUCAGGAACCUCGGUGCCUUUUGUCAUUGUCACCUCAGUAGCUGGUCUCAAGGAGGUGAACCUGCAGGGACAUGAUGUGGAAGUGGACGUGUGCCUUUGUGGACUAGGGGUUUCUUUCUCCAGAAGUCUUCCUCAUUCUCUAUUUAUAUUUACUUUAUAUUUAUACUCUGUUUACACUACAUGCACUGUAUUCAAGCACUAGAGUGCCUGAAUGUGCGCGUGUGAAGUAUUUUUCCAUUGCUGAAUGCUACUUGAAUCAAUGAAUGUGAACCUGGGAUGUCCUGAUUGUGGCCUCAGCAGAGUUACUGUAUCAGUGCUGCCGCUGUGCUUCUCUCUUCUUCUCCUUUUUUACUCAUUUGUAUUAAAGUU